UUGUAACUACAUACAUGCACCUGAUUGUACCCGUUAAAGUAUGGUUGACGAUAAAGAGAACGAUGCCGAGACAUCUGCUGUCAUAAUUGGUGAUAUUAAUUGUGGAAAGACCACUCUGUGUGCUGCCUAUUUGGAUAAAGUUUUCCCCACUCACAGGGCAAUGCCAAUGUACGAAUUUGAUGCUCGGCAAGCCACUGUUGAUCUCGAUGGCCAUGCAACAAAGCUGGUUCUGCGUGAUGGUAGUGUCCUGGAAUAUCAUGAGCGACUAAGACCACUAGCCUACCGGAAAGCUAGUGUCGGAAUCGUCUGUGUGGUUCCAAAUCCUUAUGAUCUUAGGAACCCAUGGAUCAAGACCUUUUGGCCACAAUGGCCGGCCAUACUAUUCUGGGCGACCGGCGCCACUACUUAGACGGGCACCUGCCCUUUCACCUGGUGAUUCCUCCUUCCUUCUUUCAUACAGCAUAUUUCAUACGUUCAAUAUACAUCGUGGAAAGGUGCUCGAAAAGUAAACGUGUUCUAGACAGUUGCAGGAGGCUGUCUACCCAAGUGUAUCGUACCCGAGACACAACAUAUUUUUUCACCUUCCCCCUACUUACCGAGUACUGGAGGAAGCAUACUGC